AUGUUCCGAAUGCAGCCGUUUGAAAGCGAGAAGCUCCAAUUACAAGAGCUCAACCAAAGACUCGGCCAGUACCUAAUGCGCUCAAAACAGUUGGAACAAGAAAAUGCCGGCUUACUAAGAGAAAUAAAUUCAGUCAGACAAAACAGGUCUGGAGAAUGGGAAAACAAACACAUGUCCGAACUACGGGAAAUGAGGAGACUGGUGGAGCGUUUAUCUUUCGAGAAAUGCAGAGCAGAGAUGGAACGGCAGAAGCUGCGCAAUGAACUCCAGAUGCUUCAAGCGAUGCGUUCAGAUGAGGCUUCGGUGGGCAAAGGCAUCGGCACUGAGCUCAAAGGCUGCGAGAGGCAGCUCCAUCAUACUCAUGAGACCAACAGUGCUUUGGAAGCUCGCCUUGUUGAGCUUGAAAACGAAUAUAAGUUUUUAGAAGAUGCCCACAGAAAGGAAAUCGGCCAGCUGAGGAACCAGGCGCACUCCCGAACUGUACGCGUUGUGACUCAAACACAUCACGCACCUCCAGCAGUUACGAUGGAAGAGAUGCAGGAAUAUGCGGCCAACUUCACUGAAAGCUGGCAGGGGACUUUGGACAUGUACCGCCUGAGGGUAGAGGAGAUCGAAGAGUCUAUAAAAGCAGACCACGCGAGGCUGGAGGACAUUCAGAGGGAAAAGAGGGAAUGUGCUUCACAGUUCAAGAGGCUGCGUGACGAGAUUGAGAAACAAACACAAGUGCAGCUGAAGCUUGAGGAGCAGCUCGAGAACAUGCAAGAACAUUUCAGAGAUGAAAUCAGUCAGUAUCAGGCUAUCAUUGAGGAACUGGAGUAUGAGCGCAGAAUGUUGUCCAACACCAUCUCAGAGAAGCUGAAGGACCAUCAGGAACUCUUACAGGUUAAGAUGGGUCUAGCUUUGGAAGUGGCAACAUACAGGGCACUCUUGGAAGAAGAAGGAAGACAUGCUCAAAUGCGGUCUAAUCAGCAUUCAAGAGAAAGAAAGAUAGAUAUAAAAAUGCCAUCCCAUCCUUACACUCCAAGAGUGUCGAUCAAUUCGGCAAGUCGGCCAGAUACAAGGAAAAAAGCCUUCACAGGAUAUGAUGUUAAAUAUAUGGAGCCUAUUUCCAGUGUGAGAACCUCAUCUACAUCAAGUCAGUUUCAUUCACAUGAACCCUCAAGGAUCGUGCCCAUCAGUGUAUCAAAUCGUGCCCAGCAAAGUCCUGUUUCAAGAAGGGACAUGAUUUCAUUCACCAAAGCAGCGCAGGCAGCUGCUUCCAGUACCCUGCAACCUGGAGUCUCUUCUGUUGAGAUAAAGAGAGAGGAAACCGAUCAGAGAAGUAUGAGAAAGGAGGUUUCACAUGAUCGUCCCCCCUAUACAAUUGAAAGUAUAUCAACCUCAAAAAUAGAGAAACCAAAGCCAGCGAAUGUGAUAUCACCCCUUGCGAGUUUGAGCAAGAACACCACUGAAGAAAGCAAACAAGAUGUUGAACCGAAAGAAAAGAUAAUGGAUGCCAAACAAGAUAUAGAAAAACCCAAGGCAACAAAUAAAGAAGAAAGUGGGGAUGUGAAAGAAUCAAUAGCUAAAGAUGUGAGAGUGUCUGAAAAUGUAGGGCAUAAGGUGUUUGUAGGUGAGGAAAAAGUACUAGAUGCGAUUUCUACUGAGGAAAUAAUUCAGCAGGUCAUGAAACCAGCUGGUUUAGAUACUAGGGUCAGCUCAAUGUCCCCUGACUCAAAAUUCACAUAUCAUGUGGAGAAAACGGAGCAAGAGGACGGAUCCACCAAGACUCAGAUUGUCUUACAAUCUAAAGUUGAAGAGGAGCUGGAUAUGUCUGAAGAUUCUGCCCUGGAGGACCUUCUCAACAGGGGAGUCAAGAAAGUUACCCUGGAGAACAUCAAAGGAACCCCAACUGGAACCAUGAUCGAGAACCUGCUGAGUCUUGGCCUGCAAGGUGAGAGUUUGGGAAAUAGGUCAGUGAAUGUGGAGAUAAUCGAGGAACCUGUGGAGUCUCAGAGUGAUGAGGAGAGUGAAAUUGAAAUAGAGACUGCGGAGAUUAAGUCUAAACAACCAAACAUCAGUCCCUCAUCGAUGUUCUUCCAAAUAGAGGAGCUAGAGAGUGACCCUAAGACCAUGAAACCCUUUGACAGUGGUUCUGCUGAAGCCUCUCAUUAUGGAAGCAGUGGCUCUGUACAAUUUCAGGAAGUUACCAGAGAUGAAAACAUACCAUACUUCUCGCAUGUCCAAGAGUCACAAGAAUACUUUGUCUCCACUCCUGAAGACAAUAUGUCGGAAUUUGAGGAGGGUGGAAGGUUUGUGUCUUACAGCCAUUAUGGAGUUAUGGAUGAUCUGUCUGAUGAACGAUAUUACCAGGAAGAUGACCACGAACAGCCCACUGCUGAAGGUCAGAGGUACAGAGAUUCACCAGAAUAUGGUGACCACUCGUUUUUGAGAGACAACAUCGAAGACUGCAUAAUUGAAGAGGAGGUGCACGUCUCUCCCACCCUGCAACAGUCCAUAGUAGGGAUCCUGAAGAAGGAGUCUCUAGACCCCGAACAGCAGCUCAGAGGAGCAUUAGAGCAAAUCCAAGAUACAGUAUCUGGAGCCCUCAAGGAGGAACUUGCAUUUUUGACAAAAGGUAGAGAGACUCCAGAAAAUGUCUCUGUUGACAUCAAAAAAGUUGAACAAGUUACAGACAGCGGAACCAUGACCAUUGUGGCUGAGGUUAAUGUGUCCCAGACGUUGGAGGAGUCUGGGCUGCUGGAAGAAGGAGAUGAUCUGUCUGAAGAGCAGAUAAUGGCAGCGCUGAGCUCCUCCCACCCAGGACUUCAACAGGUCCUUGGUGGUGGAGCUGGUGCAGGAUACACCAUGAACAUUUCCCAAGAGGAGUUUCAAGUGGAGGGAAUGCCAUGGAUGACCAGCAAAGAAGAGACCCAACAAUGGAGAUCAACCGAUGAGGUCGGCAAGACGGAAAAACACAUCAAGCUCGGCCCUAGUGAGAAAUCCCUCACUUUUAAGAUGGACGUGAACAACGGCUCCUCUGCAUCAACAAGCGGAGGAACCGUUAAAGUACAAAGAGGCGGCAGCGCUACUGAGUACUCACAGACCCAGAUGAUUGACCCCCACUUGAAGGUCUGUCAUGAGAAAAGAAUCGCAACUGUUUAUCUUGAAAGCCCCAAAGAUGAGUGAUAUCAUGAAACAACAUCUAAACGACACAUUGAAUAUCAAUCAAAUAAUUCAUUAUGAGAUGAACCAAAAAAAUCAGGUGUUGUAAACCAGAAUUAAAAUUCAUGGUCCAUGUACUGAUCCCAGUUUUUGAACAAUACUGUAACUGACAUAGCUAAAGUAUUAACAAAGCUAAAGCUAAUCACUUUAAUACUUUACUUUACCACAUUUUAUUUCAUUUUCAAUAUAUAGUACAGCUUUAACUAAGCACAGAAAAAGUGAAAAACAGUAUUUUCUUCCCAUUUAAUUUUUAAAUAGCUUAAAAAAUACAUCGCUGACUAUAUAAAAACACACACGCUGUUAUUUUACCGUCUUGUGCUUCUAGUUUCCAUAGAAUUGCAAAAACAAGUUUGGCAUGUUUUAAAUCUUUUUAUGAAAUAUGUUAAACAGAGAUUGAUCAGAUGGAAAUAUUAACCAAAGUAUGCAGAAAUUCUAGAUUAGUGCAGGCUUAAAUAAUGUGAGUUAUUCAAAACUUUAAUCAUAAAAUCACAAAUAUCUUCAUUCACAAAUUUGAAUAUUUUUGAUUAGUUUGGUCAACAUUUUGCCAGUGUCUAGUUCUGAAGGUGAGAAGCACUAGACUGCCCUUCCUAUAAGAGAUCUCUUAAUCCUUAAAUGACAUUAGACCAGCGAGCACUAAUCUAGCAAUCCUGCUCUUCCAGGACAACACAUUUUUCAUUGCUUUAGUACUGUACAGAGACAGAGGGAGGGAGAGGGAGGAUCGUAGAUCCUUGUAGAAAUCUUGCAUUCAAAAUAAGUGCUAGGCAGCUUACACAGAAGUGUGUAAGUGCUUCCAGAAUAGCUAUUCGGUGCUAUUAAGUCUGUGUCACAACUACUAUUAUGCAAUAUGAGGAUUCAGCUCCACUAAAUGACAGUCUAUUUUUAGGAUUCCAUUGACACCACAAGGUAAAACAGUGUCUGAAGAUUUCAAGAAGUGUAAGCAUGUGUGUUUUCCUCUAUUUUUUCUAUUUAUCUUUUAACAGAUAUCAGCAUAUUAAUGUUAAUGUCACCAGAUGCUACAAUGGUGACAGUCCUGUGCCUGUUAACAAUGCUGGGAGUAAAAAAAAAAUGUGUAAAAUCAUUUCAACUUUGUUUAAUGAUUUACCAUUUCAUUUUCAAGUAGCUUUUUAUGUCAGUAUUAUCAAAAACUAUCAUAGAUCUAGAAAUGAGAUCCUCAAUAUCAUGUAUGUUAACACAGUGAUCUCAGGGGUUCUUAAACUAGUUUGGUGCUUGAUGUCAUGAGUUUUUACAUUUGUUUUGAUGACACAAAGCAGAAUAUAAGAGUUUUUUCACAUUUAAGUGACUUAAAUAAUAUCCAGUAUAAUACAAGAUGAAAGAAUCCCAUUUCUGGGUUAUGUUGACAAAGGGGUGUUUGAGUCUUACUCAUUAGGCUAACAGAAAAAUGUUGAGAAACACUGUGUUAACAGAUACAUCAUAAGUUAUUAAGGAUCGUUAUUACCCAUUUAUCUGCAUCCCUUAAGAUGGUGUUUCAGAACCUGCUGUUGCUUAUUCGAAUCUAUGCAUAGGAUUUUAGGACUCAACCAUCACUGUGAAACCUACAGAUUUACAGUUUGCUAUACAUGAUUUACUGCCUUAGCAAAGAUUGGUUUGGGGAUGUAUUUUUGCGAAAUUAAAAUUCACAAAAA